AUGCAAGAUAUGAAGAAUAUACUUAAUUUCAAAUCAUCUCAUUUGAGCAAUCAAUUGAACAAGAUUUUCUAUGACAGCCUUGUUCAAACAGAACUCAAUGCUAUAAGAGAGAAUGAGAUUAAGAGUUACUAUCUUGCAAUCAAACACUAUAACACUAAAAAUACAUAUCAGCAGGUUCAAGCAGGAGGUAUACUCACUGUCAGGAAUACAAAUAGAAAGAUUGUGCAAUGUAAAGAGGAGGAAGUAGAAAAAGAACAUUAUAAAAGAGUCAAACAUGUUGAAAAAGCUUUGAAGAAAAAUGCCACAGAUCCAACUCAACAAGAGGGCUUCAACUUUCGAAUGCGACCAGCAAGAGAACCUUGGAAGUUGGAAGCCCAUGACAUGGCAAGGGAAGUGGGGGAGCAGUUAAAACACUGGCAAGCGCUUUUCAACAACAAUUUUCACAAAACAAUCAGUCGUCGUGUUCAAUCCUUGACCAGCAUGAGCAGUGACUGCUGCCUGGAGGGGAAGAGCAAGGACAUUGGACGGGAUGACUCGGUUCCAAUGCGGGAAUUAAAGAAGCUUCGACAAGAGUGGCUUGAGACUUUUCCUGCGACUUUUGCCGUUUCUCUCCACAAUGGAGAGGAUCCAGAGAUGGGCACUUGGAAACACAAACACAAUGAAAAUCUCUUUGAUGAAGUUGAUUCGGGUUCAUCGGAGGCCUGA